AUGAAAAAAAUCAAGGCGAAGAAGGCCGAGAAGGAGAAGUUCGAGUCUGGGCGUGCCUCGGUCAAAGAAAUGAUUGCCGAGGCUGAGCGCCUCGAUAAGGCCGCUGCUGCUGAGGAAGAGGAAGCGCGGAGGAAGCGGGCCCGCGCCGCGAAUUUGCGGGCGGCAGUGGUGGUUAAGGAGAAGGAGAAGGAUGAGAAGGAGGACAAGAAGGAGGAGAAGAAGGAAGAGGAAGAGGAAAUGCUAAUCAGCUUUGAGGAUGAGAGUGAGCAGAUGAUCACCGAAGAGAAUAUGUAG